ACCUUAGGCGGGGGAGUGACAGAGCCGAGUUCAAAGCGGGGUUCUGGCCUGUGCUACCUUAGCCAAGCCCCAUGCGAAGGCGCCAAAAGAGCUCCAGCUCCCUCGUCGAGUUGUCACUCGUUACCCAAAUGGAAGCCCAUUUUGUCUCCAACAGCGGCUCGUCUGCUCAUGACCUAACUAAUUCUCUAAAACCCCCUCCACACUCACUCUCUCAGCAAUAUCCAUCCAUUCCUCUCGCGCCCAGCUCCCUUUGCGCCGAACAUCCUCACCUUUCAUAGGUAAGGUAGUCAGUCGAUCUCUCCCGUAAACUGCCAGCUUUGGCCCUCGCCAUUAUCAUCAUGGCCAACCUCCCAUCGCAACAUCCCACCCUCUCUCUCCAUCUCUCCGACGUCACCCUCACCCCGCUCAUCACCUCGGCCUCGUCGCAAUCGCACCUCGAAUCCCUCACAGCCCUCACUUCAAGCGCCCUCUCCUCCCAGACCGCCGCUCAGCGACUCGGCCUCGGUCGCCCCCAACGUCUCAUGGUUGAGUACCCUGAUCGUGGGCCUGUCGUAAUACACUCAUAUCUUGAUCCUCGCGACGCUGUCGAUACAGCUACCAACAACGCUGCUGCGACCGCCUCUAGCCGCCCGGGUUCAGCACCUGGGUCAAGCCACGGCCCCGACUCUAGAGCACCUCGUUCUGAACCUGCGCCGCCCCAUGACGACCCGCGAUCCGAGGAUGCGGCCCCGUUGCUCGUUGGUGUGGUCGUCGCAGGGUCCGCAGAUGAAGCGAGAGAAGCCCGCCGCGCAUCAACAAGGCUAGAGCGCGUGGGAAGAGAAUUUCAAAGGGAGUGGGCUGCUGAGAGCAGUCAAGAGCGCGCAAACGACGAGGGUCAAGAGUGAUCAGGCUGCAGAAAUACCCACCAGCUGGGGUGGGUGCUUGUCGUUCAUAUGACAUGAUGAAUUACAUUUAAGAAGCGAUAUAAUGCGAUGCGAUGCGAUGCGAUGCGAUGCGAUGCGAUACCACCAACCAAAGUGAGGGAACGACAUAAAAGUGCUUAGCAAGGACGGGACAAAAGUUUUGGCGCCUUGGAUUGUCAUCUUGUUCUCUGAUGAUGCAAUCGAGUUUCGAUGACACGUGUGAUGAGACGGAGAAAAGUCUAGAGAGUAACUAUGGGUUUACGUAGAAUGCCCUCACACAAGAAAACAGUCUUCGAGGAAGAUGGUAUUGGGACGAAGGCACACGCAAGCGCAUGAUUUGACAUUUGGGGUGAUGAUUUCAAGCCAGCAAAUGUUGCCUUGACUACAUAGAUGAUUAAUCCCCUGACAGGCAGAUACCACACAUGAUAUCACAGCGCGAAAUGGCUCACUCAAGUCAAGUUAUUUGUUCUAAAAGAUUCAGUUC